UGUCUCUAGAAACAGGGACCCGCACAGCUGACACUUGACGUUUGUGGUUAUGUAUUUACUCCUAAUCUGAGGUUAUGUAGUUAUCAAACGUGUCAAACCGUCCCAAAAUGAACGCUUUGGGGCUCAGCAUGAUAGUAAAAAUGGGUUGCAUUUGUGCGCGCGAGUCCAUCGACAUCAACGGCAUUAAAUACAUCGUGAAAGAGCGCCUGGGCGAAGGAGGCUUCUCCACCGUCGACUUAAUCGAGCACAAAGGAACAAAACGUAAAUUCGCCUUAAAACGUAUCCUAUGUCACAGCGUCGAGGACCAGAAGGUCGCCAUGGACGAAAUUUCCUACUACAAGAAACUCAAACACCCCAACAUCAUCGAGCUGGUGGACUCCACGUUCAAAGGAUCGGCUGACAUCGUAGUCAACGCCACGUCCGAAGCUUACCUAGUGUUGCCUUAUUACCGCCGGGGUACCCUGCACGACUACCUCACGCUUAGAUCGUUCAAUCGGAACUACCUCGAUGUGAAAGAAAUCAUCCGGUUGUUCAUGGAGAUCUGCCAAGCGGUGAAGUACUUACACGAUUUUACACCCGAAGCGAUCGCGCAUCGCGACCUCAAAGUCGGAAACGUGUGUCUCACGGAAGACAUGACCCCGGUUUUGAUGGAUAUGGGGUCGUGCGCAACCGCAAAAGUCCAAGUUUGUGGGGCCCAAGACGCCCAGAAACUACAGGACUUGGCAGCGGAGAGGUGCUCAAUGACGUACCGAGCGCCGGAGUUGUUUCACGUGGAGAGUUAUUGCGUGAUCGACCAACGAACUGACAUUUGGAGCUUGGGUUGCGUGCUGUUCGCGCUGUGUUACUUUAAGUCGCCGUACGACUUCGUGUACGAGCGCGGCGACUCCGUCAACCUGGCGGUCAUUUCUGGCACGAUUACGUUCCCUGAAGACACCCCUUUCAACGAAGACGUCCACGACUUGAUUCUUUUCAUGUUGAAGGUCAACCCGUCGGAGCGCCCUUACGUCGACAGCGUCAUCGAAAAAACGCGACAAUUAAAAAACAAAAUCGAACCAGUUGUAUAAUUUAUUUUUCUACACUGUAAAUAUUGUUUAAUAUACACUUUUACUUUU